AUGAAAUCUAAUUUAUUUAAGAAAAUUCAAAACGGGCGGCUAAAGAUUCCCCCGCCAACAAAGUUGCCGGAAGCUGACAUAGGAAUGCCUUAUGUUGUCGUAGGUGAUGAUGCAUUUAGUCUCACAAACUAUAUGAUGAAACCAUACUCAAAAAAUCAUGCGUCUCAAGAUAGGUCAAAACGAAUUUUCAACUACCGCCUUAGUAGAGCAAGAAGAACAUCCGAAAACGCUUUUGGCAUAUUAUGUCAACGAUUUCGAAUAUUUUUUUCACCUAUGGCAGUAAACCCUCGUGUAGUAGACAAGUUGGUUAUGUCAGCUUGUAUCAUCCAUAAUAUGAUGAGUUCUUUGGUCAUACACGAUUCAGACAGAAAUACUCUUGAAAUGCCUUCUGAAAAUGUAAUUCCUAUGGCGCGUAUACCGGGAAGAAGUUAUAAUAUAAAUGGUUCGGUGACACGUGACUUAUUCAAGCAGUAUUUCAACAGUGAUCAUGGUAGUGUACCUUGGCAAGACAGUGAAGUAGAUAGGACAAGUUAA